AUGGGUUUCUUCGCGACUUCUGAAAAACGCGCUGGCGGUGGUGGCAGCUCCAGCUCAACCGACUCCGCCGCCUCGGAUCGCUCCAGAAGCACAGCUCCUACGCUUCUGAGCGAUCGCGUCGUAUCGGGCGGUCGUCACCCCAAAUGGUCUGACUACGAAUACCUGGAUGGAACUCCAAUUUCGGUCUCUGUGGAAGAGGAUGACGAAGAAGUAGAGGAGGAUUACGACGAGGGCUUUGAAGAUGAAGACGAUGGUCAUCACCGAUCUCAACAAUCCGUUUCAACGUAUGCCUCCUCGACACCCUCGCAUGACCAUGAUAUAUCCGAGGAGCCUCUUUUUGAGGUAGAAGACAGAGAUGAGCGAUUCCCAUCGGAUGCGUUGGCAUCCACCCCAUCCUCCUUUGGAAGUCUCUUCCCAUCGACGCGUCGCUUGCUUAUUCGUCACGACGACGCAACUAUCGAUGGCAACAUGAACCUCCGGGUCGACACAGUCGUUCCUUGCCGGGAUGGCUACCAACAAGAUGUCAUCCUCUUUCAUCUGCGCAUGUACGAUCUCUUCUCCCGCAAAUUCUCCUUCCGUCGAUACUGCCGGGACUCGGGCCGCGAGGUCUGCCACUCAACCCGCAAGGAGACCCAGUCGGCACAUGAUCGACGGCCUGUCUUUCGUCGAUCUUUGAGUAGCAUGUUUGCCAGUCUACGACCGGGUUCCAGUCACAGCAGUCAUCACAACGGAUGCACACAAACGAAUGACCGACCCAAGCGGCGCGACUCCGGAUAUGGUUCAGACAUGAAGCAUGAUCCAAAAUCCCAUGCCGCCGACUCCGCCAAGGCGGAUCCUUCAUCCUGCCUUUCAUCCUCUUCACCUUCCUCUUCUUCACCUCACACACAAGACAGAAAUCUCACCGACACCAUCCUGCUGGAGUUCUCGAAUUACGCCCACGUCGAGGUGAAGCGCCGAGGUGGGACCGGCGCCAAUCGCUACGAGUACGAGUACUGGAGUACUCGGUAUCAGUGGCGCUGUGGAUCUCGUCGCGAGGGAGACCUGCGGGAGUUCUCAUAUCAUCUAAUUGACACGAAGACGUCCAAAACCAUUGCUCAUUUGGUUCCAGACAUUUUGACACCAAUAGAGGCGAUGGAGGAAGAGAGUAAGGGAGGAUGGGUGCCGCCGUCCAGUUUGUGGAUCAGCGACCCCACUGUAUACGGGCGAAUGCCCGAUAUCGCGGAUGUCAUUGUCGCAACGGGUCUCAUCACACUUGUGGAUGAUUGCAUUCGACGUCGCUGGCAUCGAGAACGCCGUGCAUCAACUCUCUCUUCCACCGGCGCCGCGUUAUCGCGAAGUUUGGAGCGGAUGGGUCCACGUCGCCUGAUCGGCGAGGUUCUCCAUCGGCGAGGCUCCGCAUAG